AUGACGGGGAUAGCCCUCCUGCCGCGGACGCCGGGGAAGGAGCGAGAGAGGGGCUCCUCGGCGGCUCUGGAGAAGCCUGAGGAGGUCAGGAUCACCCUUUGCAAAAACGCGGACCCGCUUCUCUCCCUGAAAAAGGAGUGGGUUUCUUCACCCCCAGACACCACCGUCGCCAAUGCUAGCAGGGAGCAGGCCAGAGCAAGCCGUCUCUGCUCUCGGCUGCUGGAUGCCAACACUCCUGGGGUGAAUCUCAUUGCCAAGAGACCAGCCUUGGGCUCUGCCUCGGCUUUAGUGCUGGUCCUCAGACAUGUGAUGCAGGAGGAGCACUGCUGGGAUGAUAUGGAAUGUGGCCAGUUGCCUGCAGAGGCCCUCCGACAGGUGAAAAUCCAGCGUCACCCCAUCUAUGGAUUUGGCUUUGUGGCCGGAAGUGAGAGACCUGUGGUAGUUCGCUCCGUGACCUCAGGAGGGCCAUCUGAGGAUAAGCUCUUGGCAGGUGACCAAAUUUUGGCCAUAAAUCAUGAAGAUGUCAGUGACGCCCCCAGAGAGAGAGUCAUAGAACUUGUCAGAGGUGCCAAGGAGGCCGUGGUCCUUACAGUGCUACAGACUCAUCAGUCCCCCAAAUCAGCCUUUAUCAGUGCCGCCAAAAAGGCGAAGCUGCGGUCCAAUCCUGUGAAGGUGCGCUUUUCGGAACACGUCACCAUUGGCGAGACUGAUCCAGACAUGCUGAAGAAGGAAGCUCUUCUCCUUAUUCCAAACGUGCUGAAGGUUUUCCUUGAGAACGGACAGAUCAAGUCUUUCACAUUUGAUGGCCGAACCACCGUCAAGGAUGUGAUGAUGACCCUGCAGGAUCGGCUGUCCCUGAGGCAGAUUGAGCAUUUCUCCCUGGUCUUGGAGUACUCCAGCCCUGAACAGAGCCAUAAGUUCCUUCUUCUGCAGGACAAGCAGCCCCUGGCCCACGUGGUGCAGAGGACACACUACCAAGGAAUGCGAUGUCUCUUCCGCAUCAGCUUCUUUCCCAAAGACCCCGUGGAGCUGCUGCAGAGAGACCCUGCGGCCUUUGAGUACCUGUACAUCCAGAGCCGCAACGAUGUGAUCAGGGAACGAUUUGGGAUGGAGCCGAAACCAGAAAUGCUGCUUGGCCUGACCGCCCUGCACAUUUACAUCACCGUUUCAGCCACGCGGCCGAGCCAGAAAGUCUCUCUCAAAAACGUGGAGAAGGAAUGGGGCCUCGAGCCAUUUCUGCCCCCCUCGCUGUUGCAAGGCAUCAAAGACAAGGGGCUUCGGAAGGCACUUUCUCAGCAGCUGAAGGCGCAUCAGAACCAGCCCCCCGGUGGCACCAAGAUCACCACCACCCAAGCCAAGCUCCACUACCUGCGCAUCCUGAACGAGCUGCCAACUUUUGCAGGCGUCCUGUUCAGCACUGUGGGACUGGAUGAGAAACAGCCAGCCACCACCCUCCUGGUGGGGCCUCGCCAUGGCAUUAGCCACGUCAUUGACUUGAAGACAAACCUCACCACCGUGCUGUCCGAGUUCAGCAAAGUCAGCAAGAUCCAGCUCUUCAGGGAGAACCAAGGUGUGGCCCGGGUGGAAACAAGCAUCCUGGAUGCCAAGCCCCUGGUGCUGCUAAUGGAAUGGCCAGAGGCCACCAACUUCACCUGCCUCAUCGCUGGCUACUGCCGCCUUCUGGUGGAUUCCAAGCGGAUGAUCUUUUCCCGGCCCACCAGCCAGCCACUGCUUCCGCCACCUCCACUGAACAAGGCAGGUGCGUUUCAUCCUCUCCACCAGCCUCCUGCACCAGCAGGGCACCUGGCUAAGAAAGAGAGCAGGCUCCUGGGAGGCACCCUCCCCAGCCCCGGAGAGUGCCGCCCUCAAGAUCCGCUGGCCUCAGACUCGGAGCUCGUCAGCUUUUGCUACCUGCACAUGCGGGAGCAGAAGGAGCACAAGAGCAGGACAGACAUCAAUGAAAACGUGAUCCUCUUUGAGGAGUCUCGGCCCCGGACCAAGUCUGAUCCCACCUCGAAGAGCUCCGGGCGAGACUGCAACGGGGCCGCCCAGGACUGUGAUCCGGAGGGCCCGGACCAGGAGCACUGGACCAACCGGGCCAGGGCAUACACCAUGGACAGCCAGCAGGGCAGCCAGCCUCCGCAGCUGUACUGCGACUCUUGCAAGGCCAAAGCCAGGCGCCAGCAGCCAGCCUCUCACCGGGGCGGCACACGGGACAACAUGGUGGACCUGAUGUCCCUCCCCCCUCCCGGGAGCGAUGAGGAGGAGGACGAAACCACAUCCCUUCUCCCCGCCAUUGCCGCCCCCCCUCCUGGUUUCCAAGACAACAGCUCUGAUGAGGAUGACUCUAAGCGCCGGGCGGCAGCCAUAGCCAAGGGGCAGGAGCAAGGCCGUCACCUCUGCGGCAUCCUCUAUGAGGAGAUUCCUGUGACGCUCAUCGACAGCAUGCAAACACGGACGGUUCGAGACCACGCCCAGGACUUGGACGACGCUCUGGUCUCCACUCUUCAGGCCCUGGAAGCGCUGGCAGCCUCGGAAGACGGUCCACACGCUCAGCCGCAGCAGACGGCAGGCCUCAUCGUUCUCGCUGCCAUCACUCCUGAGUCGUCGAUGGACUCUGGCCAUGAAACCACCUCCUCAGAGAUCCCCGAUGUCACAGAGAUUGUCUCCGCCAUGAAGCAACAUCAGAAUGCCGCCUUCUUCCUGACCCAGCACCUCAGCAGGGAAAGCCUCCUGGCCCGGAAGGAUCUUCCUUUCCGCAUUCAGAGUGGUGGUGCGAAAGAGCCGCUUCAGCGCCCAGAGCCAGGUGCUCCCUCGAACCAAACCCCCAACCCUGCCUGCGCCAGAAGCAAGCGAGAGCUUCUGCAGGCGGGGAAAGGCUAUCCCGCCCAGCAGCUCAGCGAACUCAGCGCCACAGGGGCCCUUUUGCUGGCAGGCCCCAAGCCCAAAAGCUCCAGUCCCCACGGGGCAGCUGCUGGAGCGACCCUGCGCACCACUGCUGCUGCUGCCCUGGGCAACGGCCAUCCAGACGAAGGGACAGCCCCUGCCCUUGCUUCAUCUGCUCUGCAGCAAGUCGGCCACAAAGCCCCCCCUCCCACCGCAGCAGCGCCCUCCCCAGCUGAAGGCAGCGCUCCUCCCUGGGGUCCUGGGAGCAGGCAGCAAGCCAGCCCCCAGCCUUGCUGUUCAGGGAUGGCCUCGGUGGGCCGGCUGCCCCCCAGCGUGCCCUGCUCUCAGAAGCAGCAAACAAGCGAGGCCUGCCAGCGGUGCCAAGGACCCCAGGGCAGCCCAGCGGAGACGGUCCCUCCUCCUCUGCCACCAGCAGGAGAGGAGAGGCAGGCGGCGGCCCAGAGCUGCCAGCCAAAGGGAAGGCCGGAGCACGCGGGGCAGCCGGGGACCACGGAACUCAGUCAGAAAGGCUGGGGAGAGGCUGCCCGGUCCGCUGGCCAGAGAGAGACUGUUCUCGCCAGCCAAGGGGAAAAAGGACAACGCAACACGGGGGCCGACGGCCACAGAGCCGACGUGAGCGAACCAAGCUCCCCCCCUUCCAAGAGCCCGGAGGCCUUCAGUAGCUCCGGGGGCAAGGCUCUGAAAGAGAAGGUCCACCCGGGCCCCCGGACCGAGAGCCUGCUCUCCAACAGGCCCGAGAAAGCUCCGGGUGCCACGCCGCCAGACUCGGACCUCCCAGCCAAGCCCAAAGUGCCCAAGGCAUCCUUCCGGCUCAAGAACCUCAUUUCUGCCACCUUCCCGACGCGGCUCAAGAGAGAGACGGACGAGCGGCAGGCUCAGCUGCAGAAGGUGAAGCAGUACGAGCUCGAGUUCUUGGAAGAGCUCCUUAAGCCAAAGACCAAGCGGGACCCCGCAUCUCCGGACCGCCUGGGCCCCUCCGCCGCGGGGCACUGCGCCUGCCAGCUGCGCACCAGCCCCGUGCAGCAGGUGCCG